AUGGGUAAUUUUGAUACUAUGACUUUUCUUAUCGUGUUAUCUCUUGAGGCUAUUACUGGAUUAUUCUCCAAUUUCUUUAUCAUAUUCUCACUAUCUGGCUGCAAAAGGAAAAAUAUUAUCACCAGCAACCUCAUCCUGAUUUAUUUGUGCAUUUCUAAUGUAUUGUAUACAAUAAUAAUGUAUGCAAAUGUACUAAUUAACUUAAUUUGGCAACAAAUAGCACAACAAAUUUAUAUUUGUCGAUUUAUUGAUUACAUGACAUUGUACAUCAUUACAUCCAGCGUGUGGCUGACGGCCAGUCUAAGCUGCUUCUAUUUCGCAAAAAUCGUAGACAUUCGGUCCCGGGUGCUGGCAUGGGUGAAGAAGAAGAUCGGUGCGGUUGUCCGAGGGAUGAUACUAACGGCAGAAAUUGUUUCUCUUUGUGGAAGUUUCUUAUCACUUCUUAUUUCCACCCACCAACCGGCCCAGCAGAACUCAUCUCUAAGUGCAGCAAAUGUAACCUCAGAAUUAAAACAAUCUAGUCUCAAUUUUAUGAACAUCGUCCUAAUUCUCAACAUUCUUCCUGCCCUUGUUGCAGUAACAGCCACAGGCGGCAGUGCCGGGUACCUCAAGCUGUACGACCAGCAGAUGAAGAGGAACAUGGCAGCAAAUGUUAACACGAAUAUGAAAGAUUAUCAACGUGCUGUUCACACCAUGGUGUAUCAUAUAGCUUUCUAUAUAUUAUUAAUCCUUGUUAAUUUAGUUGCUGGGCUACUAGCAUUUGCUGACAAUAGUUGGGAACAUUGGAUCUCUAUGAUGAUUCUCUCUUCAUUCGGCGCAGUCCAGUCCGCCAUUCUUAUCCACGGUAACCCUAAGCUACAGAAAUACUUAAAAUGGAUAAUAUCUAUCUUCUGUGUCUGA